AAAACAAUGAUUGGCUGAAGCUCAUGCGCUUUUACACUGUCGAUUCGGUUCAGACAGAGCGGAACACACACAGCACUGACAGCAUCGGCUCCUCUUUUCUUUUCCUGCGUCUGCGUGCACACCAAUAGUGAGUUUCAGCUGAGAAACCAACUCAUUACAAUAUCAUCUUUUAUUUUAUUUCCUCGGAGGAGGCGCGUUUCAUCGCCGCAGACGCACGGCGCAUGUUCCUCUGAACCCGAGUCCACCUGUGUGUGAAUAAGCGGGGGAGAUUUGUUCAUUUCCAGGAACGGGGCUGUGCAACUCCUCUUCCUCACCGGACAGAGAGGGGAAUCCGUCAACGUCAUUUAAACGGGAAUAACUGCUUUAAUUUUCUACGGAGUGAAUUUGCGCGUCCUGAGCGGAUUGUAAGAGAGGAAAGUCGCCGGUUUGCUCCUGAUCAAAGGGACAGAUCAGGUCGUUCCAGCAGGGAAUACUCCGGUUCGGAAGAAAUCCCCGUCCAAAUUUGAGUACUCGAGAGAGACAAGAAGGAGCGUACACAAUGCCACUUGCUCAACUGGCAGAACCAUGGCCCAAAAUGGAGUUGGUGCAGCUGGAGACGGAGAAUGGGCAGAGCACCACUGAGGAUGGGGUCACUUCAGCUGAUAAGCUGUCUGGCCCGAAGCGUGAACCUCCUCCUGACCCUGCUGUCACUGUCGGACCAAAACGGCAAACAAAUCUCUGCUCAGAGGCUCAAGGUUUCCUGCUGUGUGUCUUGGCCUUGCAUAGGUUCAGUUCAGUCAACAUAAUACUGUAAAGAAAUGUAUAUUUCAGAGAUGCUGUUUCGUGAGACAGCAUAUUAUUAGGGCAAGAUUACACUGUUUGUGGUUUCUUAGACGUUUCCAGUUUAUUUUCAAGAGGAGAAAGGGCAGAGGCAGAAUGGAAGUGGUUAUUUUUCUGCCAAGCUGCAUUUUUGACUGCUAAUGAGAUAAUAAAAAGUGUUGUACCAUGUCACUGACCAAUCAGGAGUGAUCUUGUUCAAAACCAGAAAAACAGCAUGUAGUUUGUGUAGUCUGUUUUAGGAAGAAAUAAAUGCCUUUAAAUCUGUUAGUUUUAUUAGCUAUCAUGUAUUAAACACUAAAUACAUUACACUGUAAAAAUUAUCCCAUUAAAUUUACAGUAUAAAAACUGUUACCGUGUCUCCGGGAUGUAUGCAUAUUUUACAACUUUCAACCAUACAGUAUAUUUCAUUAUUUGAGUCACAUAAUGUUGUUAAACCAAAUUACUGACCCUUCCAAAAUAUGCAUUUUACCUUAAUGUGCUGAUAACUAGCAAAGUAAUACUGAUGAUACAAUCAAAAGCUACACGAUGAAGCAGAGUUCAUUGUAAGUGGCCUCUCCAUGGCCAAUAUUUGCAUAUAGACAUUGCACAAGGCCAAAUACAGGAAAAUAAAACACCAUCAGGGCAACACAUAACACCAAAAUAAUGCAAUUGUCACAUACCUGGACUCAUUUAGUGUGUUUUUGCCCCUGUGACCCAGUUUCUGUCUUCCGUGUUUGGUUGGAUUAGUUCCCAGGUGUGUCUAUUCUAUUCCUCAUGUGUUCCAUGUCCCUGUUAAUUUAGUGAUUCCAUCCACCUGUGUUUCCCUAUUAUCCUUUGUACAUAAGCCUUGUCCUUUCAGUUCUGUUUUGUCGGGUCUACUUGCUACUAACUCACUUGCAACUUGAGGCUUACUGGCUAUUUACGUGUGUCU